UGGCGCUAAGAUGGCAGCCCUGCUGAGGCUGCUGCCUCUCCGGGCUCUCACAGAUACAUCCGCGGGACCAGCGAAACCGAAACACGACGCACCGGCUCAGCACAGGCGCCGCGCCGCGAUGGCCUGAGGAACAAGUCGAGGGGGGGGAGGAGAGAGAGAGACAGUCGGGAGAGAAUCGGUGGAGAAUCGGGAGAGAGUCGCAGCAGAGGAGCAUCGCUGCUGCUGCGCCAAUCCACGCUUAUCAGCACCAGCCGCGGCUUGGCUUAGUGACGGACGUGGACGUGGUUAAAAAAGGGGGCCGGAGGAACCGGUGCACCGGCGGUUCGAGCCCCGCGAUACCCCCACCACCACGAUGAUGUGUGCCGCAGCCGCAGCAGCCGCCGGCGGGGGGCCCGGGGUGCCCGGGGUCCUGCCCUCCCCGAGCGUCCGGCUGGGCAGCGGAGCGGCAGAGCCGUCCUGCCUGCUGGGGAUCCUCGGAUCCGGGAUGAUGGGCUCCGGCGGCCCGGGCGGCCCCGGAGGAGCCGGCUCGGACCGGAGGAACCGCUACCAGCUGCUGCUGUCAGGCCGAGCCCUGGCCGAGCGCUACCGCCGCAUCUACACCAGCGCCCUGAGCGAGCGGGAGACGGGGCUGCAUCAGGGCAGGGGAAAGAAAGCUUUGAGUAAGAAGAAGCUGAAAAGACGACAGAAGGUCAAGUCAAAAGUUAAAUCAAGAACAAAGGGCGACGGUCUAGAUGGAACCUUGUGCAUCCCGGACAUCAAACUGCACAGCAACCCGUCUGCGUUCAACGUGUACUGCAACGUGCGGCACUGUGUGCUGGACUGGCAGCAGCGCGAGGCCUCCCUGGCCCUGGCCUCCCGCAGCUCCGUGCAGAGCGGGGACUCGGACAGCGAGGAGGAGGAGGAGUACCGGGAACCGGCCGUCAAGCUGCCAAAGAUCAUUGGCAUCGGCCUGUGCGGGGUGUUUGAGCUGAUAAAGGAGACCCGGUUCUCUCACCCGCUGCUGUGCCUGCGGAGCCUGCAGGCUUUACUGGACAUGCUGCAGGGACAACAGCCCGAAGGCUUCCAGACGGAGCCGCCUGACGUGCUAGAAUCUCUUUUCCAGUUGCUGUUGGAGACGACGGUCCGGAGCACGGGCCCCAACGACCCGACGGGUCAGGCCAUCACGGCGCUGUCCUGCGCCUGCCUCUUCAGCCUGGUGGUGGCGUGGGGCGACACGGGCAAGAUCCUGCAGGCCGUGUCCGCCAUCCUCACCAACAACGGCAGCCACGCCUGCCAGACCAUACAGGUCCCCACCAUCCUGAACGCGCUGCAGAGGAGUGUGCAGGCCGUCCUGGUGGGAAAGAUCCAAAUCCAGGACUGGUUCGGGAACGGCAUCAAGCGCGCCGCUCUCAUGAACAAGUGGGUUCUGAAAGAGGUUUCCAUCGACGAAGACGAGCGGUGUCUCCUCCAGACCGACGGCUCCUUCCUCUACCUGCUCUGCAAGGACGGGCUGUACAAAGUCGGUUCUGGCUACAGCGGUACCGUCCGGGGCCAUGUGUACAACUCCACCUCCAGGAUCAGGAAUCGGAAGGACAAGAGGUCGUGGCUGGGCUUUGCUCAGGGGUAUCUGCUGUACCGGGACACGAGUAACCACAGCAUGUCUGCCAUCAAGAUCAACCCCGAGACCCUGGAGCACGAGGGAAUGGUCACCAUGCCAGGUCAACAUGCAGACGGACAGAACAUCAUCUUUACAGACGGGGAGUACAUCAACCAGAUCGCAGCCUGCAAAGAUGAUGGCUUCGUGGUGCAGAUCUACACCAUGAGUUCAGACCCAGCGUUGCAGCAGGAACUGCAGCUGAAGCUGGCCAGGAAAUGCCUGCAUGCUUGUGGCAUCUCUCUGUUCGACCUCGAGAAAGACUUGCACAUCAUCAGCACGGGCUUCGAUGAGGAGGCAGCGCUGCUCGGAGCCGGCAGGGAGUUUGCUCUGAUGAAAACCGCCUCAGGAAAGAUCUACUACACAGGAAAGUACCAGAGCCUGGGCAUAAAGCAGGGCGGCCCAUCGGCAGGGAAGUGGGUGGAGCUGCCCAUCACCAAGUCUCCCAAGAUCCUGCAGUUCUCGGUCGGCCACGACGGCUCCCACGCCCUCCUCGUAGCGGAGGAUGGGAGUGUGUUCUUCACCGGCUCCGCCAGCAAAGGAGAGGACGGGGAGUCGACUAAAAGUCGAAGGCAGCCCAAGCCGUACAAACCCAAGAAGAUGAUCAAAAUAGAGACCAAGACGGCCGUGUACACGGCCUGCAACAACGGCAGCAGCAGCAUCGUCACCAAGGACGGGGAGCUGUACAUGUUCGGCAAGGACGCCAUUUACAGCGACAGCACCUGCCAGGUGACGGACCUUAAGGGUCACUUUGUCACCCAGGUGGCCAUGGGUAAAGCUCACACGUGUGCCCUGACCAAGAACGGCGAGGUCUGGACGUUUGGCGUGAAUAACAAGGGCCAGUGUGGCCGAGACACGGGAGCCAUGAGCCAGGCAGGGAAAGCGUUCGGUGUGGAGAGCAUGGCCACGGCCAUGGACGAAGACCUGGAGGACGACCUGGAGGAGAAGGAGGAGAAGAGCAUGAUGUGCCAGCCGGGCAUGCACAAGUGGAAGCUGGACCAGUGCAUGGUCUGCACCGUGUGUGGAGACUGCACCGGCUACGGCCCCAGCUGCGUGAGCAGCGGACGACCCGACAGAGUUCCUGGAGGCAUCUGCGGCUGCGGCUCCGGAGAGUCGGGCUGCUCGGCGUGCGGCUGCUGCAAGACGUGCGCCCGCGAGCUGGACGGGCAGGAAGCCCGGCAGCGGGGCAUCUUCGGUGCUGUGAAGGAGAUGAUCCCGUUGGACCUGCUGCUAGCUGUGCCUGUCCCUCCCCUUCCAGGAGUGAACAUCGAGGAGCACAUUCAGAUCCGCCAGGAGGAGAAACGCCAGAGAAUCAACCGCCGGCAUAGGCUGGAGGAGGGAAGAGGCCCCCUUGUUUUCCCCGGCCCCAUUUUUAUGAACCAGCGUGAGCAGGCGCUAGCCAGAGUAAGACCCCUUCAGGCACUCAGGCAUAAACGGGACAAGCACAAAGAUGGCAGCAGCGAGCGCGGGGAGAAGGACGCCAGUAAAAUCACCACGUACCCGCCCGGAGCCGUCAGGUUCGACUGCGAGCUGCGGGCCGUGCAGGUCAGCUGCGGGUUCCACCACUCAGUGGUCCUGAUGGAGAACGGAGACGUCUACACGUUUGGUUACGGCCAGCAUGGGCAGCUCGGUCAUGGAGACGUCAACUCCAGGGGCUCGCCGACUCUGGUGCAGGCUCUUCCCGGUCCGAGUGUCCAGGUGACGGCCGGCAGCAACCACACCGUCGUCCUGCUCAUGGACGGACAGGUCUUCACCUUCGGCAGCUUCUCGAAGGGGCAGCUGGGUCGGCCCAUCCUGGACAUGCCGUACUGGAACGCCAAGCCGUCGCCGAUGCCCAACAUCGGGGCCAAGUACGGCCGAAAGGCCACGUGGAUCGGAGCCAGCGGGGACCAGACGUUCCUGCGGAUCGACGAGGCUCUCAUCAACUCCCACGUCCUCGCCACGUCGGAGAUCUUCGCCAGCAAGCACAUCAUCGGGCUGGUGCCGUCCUCCGUGUCCGAGCCGCCGCCCUUCAAAUGCCUGCUCAUCAACAAGAUGGACGGAAGCUGCAGGACCUUCAACGACUCGGAGCAGGAGGACCUGCAGGGCUUCGGCCUCUGCCUGGACCCCGUCUACGACGUCAUCUGGAGGUUCCUGCCGGCCACCAGGGAGAUGUGGUGCUACAACGCGGUGAUAGCCGACGCCAGGAUGCCGUCGGCCACCGACCUGCAGGCUCGCUGCAGCAUCCUCAGCCCCGAGCUGGCGCUGCCGUCAGGGUCACACGCCACCACCACGCGCUCGCACGGAGCGCUGCACAUCCUCGGCUGCCUGGACACGCUGGCGGCGAUGCAGGAGCUGAAGAUGGGAGUCACCAGCGCCGAGGAGGAAACACAGGCGGUGAUGAAGGUUUACUCCAAAGAGGACUACAGCGUGGUCAACCGGUUCGAAAGUCACGGCGGAGGCUGGGGCUACUCGGCCCACUCCGUGGAGGCAAUCCGGUUCUGUGCCGACGCUGAUAUCCUGCUGGGAGGUCUGGGCCUGUUCGGGGGCCGGGGGGAGUACACGGCCAAGAUCAAGCUUUUUGAGCUGGGACCUGACGGCGGCGACCACGAGACGGACGGAGACCUGCUGGCGGAGACGGAUGUUCUGGCCUACGACUGCGCUGCCAGGGAGAAAUACGCCAUGAUGUUUGAUGAGCCGGUGCUGCUGCAGCUGGGCUGGUGGUACGUGGCCUGGGCCCGCGUGUCUGGGCCCAGCAGCGACUGUGGCUCCCACGGACAGGCCACCAUCACCACCGAUGACGGGGUUGUGUUUCAGUUUAAAAGCUCUAAGAAGUCAAACAACGGUACGGAUGUUAACGCUGGACAAAUACCUCAGCUACUUUACAGGCUUCCUUCAAAUGAUGGCAACGCAUCUAAAGGGAAGCAGCAGACGAGUGAACCGGUCCACAUCCUGAAGCGCUCGUUUGCACGCACAGUCUCAGUGGAGUGUUUCGAGUCUCUGCUGAGCAUCCUCCACUGGAGCUGGACCACUCUGGUUCUGGGCGUGGAGGAGCUGCGAGGCCUCAAGGGUUUCCAGUACACGGCCACGCUGCUGGACCUGGAGAGGCUGCGCUUCGUCGGCACGUGCUGCCUCCGCCUGCUCCGGGUCUACAUCUGCGAGAUCUUCCCCAUCGCUGCCAGCACCAAGGCGGUGGUGGAGGAGUCCAGCAAGCUGGCGGAGUGCGUGGGGAAGACGCGCAGCCUGCUGAAGAAGAUCCUGUCGGAGGGGAUGGACAACUGCCUGACGAAGCUGGACAACGACCCGCAGGGCUACCUGUCCCAGCCGCUGACGCUGCUGGAGGCCGUGCUGCAGGAGUGCCACAACACCUUCACCGCCUGCUUCCACUCCUUCUACCCCACGCCGGCGCUGCAGUGGGCCUGUCUCUGCGACCUGCUCAACUGCCUGGACCAGGACAUUGCUGAGGCUAAUUUCCGGACGUCCAGCAGCCGCCUGCUGGCCGCGGUGAUGUCGGCGCUGUGCAACACCUCGGUCAAGCUGACGUCCAUCCUGCCCAUCGCCUACGACGGAGAAGUGCUGCUGCGCUCGCUGGUGAAGCAAGUCAGCACGGAGAACGACUCUGCUCUGGCUCACCGCUUCCCCCUGCUGGUGGCCCACAUGGAGAAACUCAGCCACACGGAGGAGAACCUGAUGGGCAUGACGAGUUUCCGGGAAGUCCUGGAGAAGAUGCUGGUGAUCGUGGUGCUGCCCGUGAGGAAGAGUCUGAGGAAGGAGGUGGAGCUUUUCUCUCCUCACCUGGUGUCCAACACCUGCGGCCUGCUGGCCUCCAUCGUGUCCGAGCUCACCGCCUCCGCCCUGGGCUCCGAGGUUGAUGGACUGAACUCUCUUCACUCGGUGAAAGCUUCUCCCAACCGCUUCACCAAGACGAGCCAGGGCCGCAGCUGGAACACGGGCAACGGCUCGCCGGACGCCAUCUGCCUGACGGUGGACAAGCCCGGCGUGGUGCUGGUGGGGGUGUGCGUGUACGGAGGGGGCGGCAUCCACGAGUACGAGCUGGAGGUGCUGGCCGACGACGCGCAGACGGAGCACCCUGGAGACUCGGCACAUUCUCACCGCUGGACGUCUCUGGAGCUGGUGAAGGGAACCUACAGCACCGACGACUCGCCCAGCGACAUCUCUGAGAUCCGGCUGGACAAAGCCGUGCCGCUCAAGGAAGGGGUGAAGUACGCGGUGAGACUCCGGAACUACGGCAGCCGGACGGCGAACGGAGACGGAGGGAUGACGACGGUGCAGUGCAGCGACGGCGUGUCCUUCACCUUCAGCACCUGCAGUCUGAGCAGCAACGGGACCAACCAGACCCGAGGACAGAUUCCUCAGAUCCUCUACUACAGGAGCGAGUACGACGGAGACCUGCAGUCCCAGCUGCUCAGCAAGGCCAACGAGGAGGACAAGAACUGCAGCAGAGCUCUGUCUGUGGUCAGUGCUGUGGUGCGAGCUGCCAAGGACCUGCUGCACCGCGCGUUUGCAGUCGAUGUGGACGACAUUCCCGAGCUGCUGAGCUCCUCCAGCCUGUUCUACAUGCUGCUGCCGCUGAUCCUGGCUUACAUCGGCCCCGUCGCCGCGUCUGUGCCCAAGGCUGCCGUCGAGGUGUUCGGACUGGUUCAGGAGCUGCUGCCGGCCGUUUCCGCCCUGAACCAGAAAUACGCCCCGCCCAGCUUCAACCCCAACCAAUCGACGGACAGCACGACGGGGAACCAGCCGGAGCAGGGCCUGUCCGCCUGCACCACCUCCAGCCACUACUCCGUCAUGGAGAGUGAUCACCCCUACAAGCAGGCCGGGGUCACCCAGUACCGGGUGUCGUUUCCCGACUGCGUCCGCUGGACCACCAUCGAGUUCGACCAGCAGUGUGGGACGGCGCAGCCGGAGGACGUGCUGCGGCUGCUCAUCCCCAGCCGCACGCUGCAGCUCUCCAACCUGGGGGGCAAACCGCUGGUGCACGACACCAUCAACACCUGGACCGAGCUCAAGAAGUUCUCCGGCUCCACCGGCUGGCCCACCACCGUCCUCGUGCUGCCGGGAAAUGAAGUUCUGUUUUCGCUGGAAACGGCAUCUGAUUACGUUAAAGAUGAAAAAGCUUGCUUCUACGGCUUUAAGUGCGUUGCCGUCGGAUACGAGUUCAACCCUGGUCCUGAUGAGGGAAUCAUCCAGCUGGAGAAGGAGCUGGCGUACCUGGGCAGCGUGUGUGCUGCCGCUCUGAUGAAGAAGGACCUGGCCCUCCCCAUCGGCAGUGAAUUGGAAGAAGAUCUUGAGAUCCUUGAAGAAGCUUCUCUUCAGGUGUGUAAGUCCCACUCGGGGAUCCUGGGGAAGGGUCUGGCCUUGUCCCACUCUCCCACCAUCCUGGAGGCUCUGGAGGGGAAUCUGCCGCUGCAUCUGCAGACCAAUGAGCACUCCUUUCUGGAGGAUUUCAUCACCUGUGUCCCCAACUCCAGUGGAGGCCGUCUGGCCAGGUGGCUGCAGCCGGACUCGUACGCAGAUCCUCAGAAGACGUCUCUGAUCCUGAACAAGGACGAUAUCCGCUGCGGCUGGCCGGCUACGGUGGUGGUUCAGACCAAAGACCAGUACGGAGACGUGGUGCACGUGCCCAACAUGAAGGUGGAGGUGAAGGCCGUCCCCGUCUCCCAGAAGAAGUCGGUGCAGCCAGAUAACGUGAAGAAGCUGCAGCGUCUGCCCGGCAGCUCCUCGCCGGCCUCCUCCGGCCUGGACCUGACCUUCGGAGGGCUGCCGGCCCCCAAGCUGGAGGCCACGUACGAGCCCAUGAUCGUGAAGGAGGCGCGCUACAUCGCCAUCACCAUGAUGAAGGCGUAUGAAAACUACUCCUUUGAGGAGCUGCGCUUCGCCUCCCCCACUCCUAAAAGGCCCAGCGAGAACAUGCUGAUCCGAGCAAACACAGACGGAACCUACAGCGCCAACUGGACCCCCGGAGCCGUCGGCCUCUACACCAUCCACGUCACCAUCGACGGCAUCGAGAUAGAUGCUGGUCUGGAGGUGGAGGUUAAAGACCCUCCCAAAGGUAUGAUCCCACCCGGGACCCAGAUGGUCAAACCCAAGGCCGAACCUCAACCUAGCAAGGUCCGCAAAUUUGUGUCCAAGGACAGCGCAGGCCUGCGUGUGCGUAGUCACCCCUCCCUGCAGAGCGAACAGAUAGGCAUAGUGCAUGCCAAUGGCACCAUCACUUUCAUUGACGAGAUCCACAAUGAUGAUGGUGUGUGGCUCAGGCUCAAUGAUGAGACAGUAAAGAAGUAUGUUCCCAGCAUGAAUGGUUACACAGAAGCCUGGUGCCUCUCUUUUAAUCAGCACCUGGGCAGGAACCUUCUGGUCCCGGCCGAUGAGGCCAGGGGCCAGUUGGAGGAGAGCGUAAAGGAGGUGAGCAGCUGCCCUUCCCACGAGGCGCCCGUUGGGGUGCAGAGCAGGGCAGGGCAGGGUGGCGGCCCAGGGCUUUAUAAGGUAGUGAAGACUGGCCCCUCUGGCCACAACAUCAGAAGCUGCCCAAACCUUAGGGGCAUCCCCAUUGGAAUGUUAGUACUUGGCAACAAGGUCAAGGCCGUAGGCGAGGUGGUCAACUCUGAGGGCUCCUGGGUUCAGCUGGAUAAGAACAGUGUAGUGGAGUUCUGUGAGAGCGAUGAAGGCGAGGCCUGGUCUUUGGCCAGAGACCGAGGUGGAAACCAGUACCUUCGCCACGACGACGAACAAGCGUUGCUUGAACACGGGAAUCAGACCCCCCCGCCGAGCCCCUUCUCUGUGCAAGCGUUCAACAGAGCGGCGACGUCUAACGGAGCGCAGGGCUUCGACUACGGCAUCUCCAACAACAAAGGUGACCGGCUGAGUGCCAUACUGAAUUCCAUUCAGUCUGGGCCCUUCCUCUCAGCAGCUCCCUCCUCCUCCUCCUCCAUAUUUGAGCAAGCCGCCCAACCUCCUCCUCCCUCCUCCUCCUCCUCCCUUGUCCACAGCCCAUUUGUGUUUGGACAAUCCCCCUCCCAAGUGUCUCAACCGCAGCCACAGCUUCUGAAUGGUUCAUCACGCAGCCUUGCUUCACGCGAGCGUGUGCGCAAAAGCAAUGUGUCCUUGGCUGGGCAUGGCGCUGCUCUCUCAUCUGUCGCUCUGAGGCCAAAGGGCGACCGGGGGAACCUGAUGUCCGGCGCCAGGCCGAUGUCUCCGGCCUCCAAGCAGCGGCAGGAGAACCGCUCGCCCAAGCUGGAGGGUCGGGGCAGCCGCUCGUCCAAGACGGGCGAGGGCGGGCUCUCGGCCAGCGAGGCGCUCAUCCUGCGCUCCGACACGGCCAAGCUGCGCUCCGACUCCCACAGCCGCUCCCACUCCCCCAACCACAACACGCUGCAGGCGCUGAAGGCCGACGGCAGGAACUCGGGGACGCGGGCCGAGUCCCCGAACCCCGGCUCUCGCUCUUCCUCCCCCAAGCAGAAGGCCGUGUCGUCCUCGGGCCGCUCCAGCCCCUCCAGCACCUCCUCCUCCUCCUCCCAGAACCACGACAAGAACCUGCCCCCUAAAGUCAGCCCUUCCUCCAAGGCCCAGCUGGAUCCGCCCAGAGAGAGGUCCAAGUCCGACUCCUACACCCUGGACCCGGACACCCUCAGGAAGAAGAAGGUUCCUCUCACCGAGCCCUUGAGGGGCCGCUCCACCUCCCCGAAGCCCAAGGUGUCUCCCAAAGACCCCAACAAGGGGACGAUGGGUAACGCCGAGAACCGGGUUCCUUCCCCUCACGUGACCCAGGAGAACCUGCACAGCGAGGUGGUGGAGGUCUGCACCUCCAGCGCGCUGCUCACCAACGACGACGCCAAUGACCCCAACGACCCCAACGACGAGAACCUGGACGGCCAAAACUCGGAGGAGGGCUCGUGCAAAGUGCACUUCAGCAUCGGCAAGGCCCCCGUCAAGGAGGAGCAGGAGAGCCGCUCCUCGCCCAAGGUCAGCCGCAAGGCGUCCAGCCGCCACGCCCGGCCCAAGAAGGAGAAGGCGGGGGGGCCUCUGUUCAAGGGCGAGGGCAGCGGCAGCAGCGGCGGUGGUGGCGCGUCGAGGGCGGCAGAGCCCGCCAAGCAGGCCAUGUCGCCCUCGGUGGCCGAGUGCGCCCGCGCCGUCUUCGCCGCCUUCCUGUGGCACGAGGGCAUCGUGCACGACGCCAUGGCCUGCUCCUCCUUCCUCAAGUUCAACCCGGACCUGACCAAGGAGCACGCGCCCAUCCGCAGCUCGCUGGGCGGCGCGCAGGGCGCCGAGGAGAAGGAGAGCAAGCUGAAGAACCGCCACUCGCUGGAGAUCUCCUCCGCGCUCAACAUGUUCAACAUCGCGCCGCACGGCCCGGACAUCUCCAAGAUGGGCAGCAUCAACAAGAACAAGGUGCUGUCCAUGCUGAAGGAGCCGCCGCUGCCGGAGAAGUGCGAGGACGGGAAGGCCGAGGGCGCCGGCGGCUCUGGCGGCGGCGGCUACGAGAUGACGUCCCACGUCUCCAUCAGGGCCAAGUCCAUCCUGCCGCUGACGCUGCAGCACCUGGUGGCCUUCUGGGAGGACAUCGCCAUGGCGACCAUCAAGGCCGCCACGCAGAACAUGAUCUUCCCCAGCCCCGGCUCCAGCGCCAUCCUGAAGAAGAAGGAGAACGAGAAGGACGGCAAGAAGGCCAAGAAGGAGAAGAAGAAGAGGGAGAAGGCGGAGGUUCGGCCCAGGGGGAACCUGUUCGGGGAGAUGGCCCAGCUGGCCAUGGGCGGGCCGGAGAAGGACACCAUCUGUGAGCUGUGCGGGGAGUCGCACCCGUACCCCGUCACCUACCACAUGAGGCAGGCACACCCAGGUUGCGGCCGCUACGCGGGGGGCCAGGGCUACAACAGCAUCGGCCACUUCUGCGGCGGUUGGGCCGGGAACUGCGGAGACGGCGGCAUCGGAGGCAGCACCUGGUACCUGGUGUGUGACCGCUGCCGGGAGAAAUACCUCAGAGAGAAGCAAACCGCCGCCCGGGAAAAGGUGAAGCAGUCGAGGAAGAAGCCCCUGCAGGUGAAGACGCCCCGGGCCCUCCCCACCAUGGAGGCCCACCAGGUGAUCCGGGCCAACGCGCUGUUCCUGCUGUCGCUCAGCAGCGCCGCCGAGCCCAGCAUGCUGUGCCACCACCCGCCCCGACCCCUGCACCCGCAGCUGCUGCCCAGCCUGAAGGAGGGCGUGUCGGACGACCUGCCCAACAAGAUGGGCUGUCUCUACCUGCAGACGCUGGCCAGGCAGCACACGGAGAACUUCGGGGGUUACCAGGACGACAACCUGUUCCAGGACGAGAUGCGGUACCUGCGGUCCACGUCGGUGCCGGCGCCGUACAUCUCCGUCACCCCCGACGCCUGCCCCAACGUGUUCGAGGAGCCGGAGAGCAACAUGAAGUCCAUGCCCCCCAGGUGGUCCUGCAGUCUGGAGACCAGCCCCAUCACGGACAGCGACACGGCCAAGCGCACCGUGUUCCAGCGGUCCUACUCCGUCGUGGCGUCCGAGUACGACAAGCAGCACUCGCCGUCCCCGGCGCGGGUCAAGGCCGUGCCGCGGCGCCGCGUCCACAGCGGAGACGCAGAAGUGGGCUCGUCGCUGCUGCGCCACCCGUCCCCGGAGCUGUCCCGGCUCAUCUCGGCCCACGGAUCCCUCAGCAAGGGCGAGAGGAACUUCCAGUGGCCCGUCCUGGCCUUCGUCAUCCAGCACCACGACCUGGAGGGGCUGGAGGUGGCCAUGAAGCACGCGCUGCGGAAGUCUGCCUGCCGGGUCUUCGCCAUGGAGGCUUUCAACUGGCUGCUCUGCAACGUGAUCCAGACCACCUGCCUGCACGACAUCCUCUGGCACUUCGUGGCGUCUCUCACCCCGUCGCCCUUCGAGUGCGAGGAGGACGAGGACGAAGACAACAAGGGGAACAAAGAGAUCGUGGAGCAGGAAAGAGACCUGGGCGUCUGUGAACAUCCUCUGUCGGACAUCGUGAUCGCGGGGGAGGCGGCUCACCCGCUCCCUCACACCUUCCACCGCCUCCUGCAGACCAUCUCCGACCUCAUGAUGUCACUUCCCAGCGGAUCCUCGCUGCAGCAGAUGGCGCUCAGGUGCUGGAGUCUGAAGUUCAAGCAGUCCGACCACCAGUUCCUCCACCAGAGCAACGUGUUCCAUCACAUCAACAACAUCCUGUCCAAGUCUGACGACGGCGACAGCGAGGAGAGUUUCAACAUCAGCGUCCAGUCGGGCUACGAGGCCAUGAGUCAGGAUCUGUGCCUGGUCACCUGCCUGAAGGACCUGACCAGCGUGGUGGACAUCAAGACGUCCAGCCGGCCCGCCAUGAUCGGCAGCCUGACGGACGGCUCCACGGAAACGUUCUGGGAGUCCGGGGACGAGGACAAGAACAAGACCAAGAGCAUCACCAUCAGCUGCGUGAAGGGCAUCAACGCCACCAAGGCCUCCGUGCACGUGGACAACUCCAGAGACAUCGGGAAUAAAGUGACGUCGGUGACGUUCCUGUGUGGAAAAGCGAUCGAAGAUCUCUGCCGGAUCAAACAGGUGGACCUGGACUCGCGCCACAUGGGCUGGGUGACGAGCGAACUCCCCGGAGGAGAUCACCACGUCAUCAAGGUGGAGCUGAAAGGGCCUGAGAACACGCUGAGGGUGCGACAGGUGAAGGUGCUGGGCUGGAAGGAGGGAGAGAGCAUCAAGAUCCCCGGACAGAUCUCCGCCAGCAUGGCCCAGCAGAAGAACUGUGAGGCCGAGACGCUGCGAGUCUUCCGCCUCAUCACGUCUCAGGUCUUUGGAAAACUGAUCUGUGGAGACGCCGAGCCAACUCCGGAGCAGGAGGAGAAGAACCUGCUCUCGUCGCCGGAGGGAGAGGACAAGGUCCCCUCCGACGCCGACCUCAAAGAGCACAUGGUGGGAAUCAUCUUCAGCAGGAGCAAACUGACCAACCUGCAGAAACAGGUGUGCGCUCACAUCGUGCAGGCCAUCCGCAUGGAGGCCACGCGCGUGCGGGAGGAGUGGGAGCACGCCAUCUCCAGCAAGGAGAACGCCAACUCGCAGCCCAGCGACGACGACGCGUCGUCGGACGCCUACUGCUUCGAGCUGCUGUCCAUGGUGCUGGCGCUGAGCGGCUCCAACGUGGGCCGCCAGUACCUGGCCCAGCAGCUCACGCUCAUGCAGGACCUGUUCUCCCUGCUGCACACGGCCUCGCCACGGGUCCAGCGCCAGGUGACGUCUCUGCUCCGGCGCGUCCUGCCCGAGGUGACGCCGGUGCGUCUCGCCAGCAUCAUCGGCGUGAAGGCGCUGCCGCCGGCCGACAUCAGCGACAUCAUCCACUCCACGGAGAAGGGCGACUGGAACCGGCUGGGCAUCCUGGACAUGUUCCUGGGCUGCAUCGCCAAGGCGCUGACCGUGCAGCUGAAGGCCAAAGGAACCACCAUCUCCGGGGCCGGCACGGCGGCCGGGAAGGGCGUUACCACGGUGACGCUGCCCAUGAUCUUCAACUCCAGCUACAUCCGGCGAGGCGAGAGCCACUGGUGGAUGAAGGGCUCCACGCCCCCCCAGAUCGCUGAGAUCAUCAUCAAGCUAGUGAAGGACAUGGCGGCGGGUCACCUGUCGGACGCCUGGUCCCGGGUCACCAAGAACGCCAUCGCCGAGACCAUCAUCGCCCUCACCAAGAUGGAGGAGGAGCACCGCUCCCCCGUACGCUGCAUCGCCACCACCCGGCUGUGGCUGGCACUGGCGUCGCUGUGCGUGCUGGACCAGGACCACGUGGACCGGCUCUCCUCCGGCCGCUGGAUGGGCAAAGACGGCCAGCAGAAGCAGAUGCCCAUGUGUGACAACCACGACGACGGGGAGACGGCAGCCAUCAUCCUCUGCAACAUGUGUGGAAACCUCUGCACCGACUGUGACCGCUUCCUGCAUCUGCACCGACGCACGCGCUCCCACCAGAGACAGGUGUUUAAGGAGGAGGAGGAAGCCAUCAAGGUGGACCUGCACGAGGGCUGUGGCAGAACCAAACUGUUCUGGCUCAUGGCGCUGGCCGACUCCAAGACCAUGAAGGCCAUGGUGGAGUUCAGGGAGCACACAGGGAAACCGGCGUCCAGCAGCUCGGACGCCUGCAGGUUCUGCGGUACCAGGAACGGGACGGAGCUGUCAGCGGUGGGCAGCGUCUGCUCGGACCCCGACUGCCAGGAAUACGCCAAGCUGGCCUGCAGCAAGACGCACCCGUGCGGCCAUCCCUGCGGGGGGGUGAAGAACGAGGACGCCUGCCUGCCCUGCCUGCACGGCUGCGACAAGAGCACGGGCUGCCUGAAGCAGGACGCCGACGACAUGUGUAUGAUCUGCUUCACCGAGGCGCUGUCGGCCGCCCCGGCCGUACAGCUGGACUGCACACACGUGUUUCACCUCCAGUGCACCCGCCGAGUCCUGGAGAACCGCUGGCUCGGGCCCCGGAUCACCUUCGGGUUCAUGCUGUGUCCCAUCUGCAAGAACAAGAUCAACCACUCGGUGAUCAAGGACCUGCUGGACCCCAUCAAGGAGCUGUACGAGGACGUGAGGAGGAAGGCCCUGAUGCGGCUGGAGUACGAGGGGCUGCACAAGAGCGAGGCCAUCACCACGCCGGGCGCUCGCUUCCACAACGACCCCGCCGGCUUCGCCAUGAACCGAUACGCCUACUACGUCUGCUACAAGUGCAAGAAGGCGUACUUCGGGGGGGAAGCUCGCUGCGACGCCGAGGCGGGACAGGGAGACGACUACGACCCCAGCGAGCUGAUCUGUGGAGCGUGUUCGGACGUGUCCAGGGCUCAGAUGUGCUCCAAACACGGGACGGACUUCCUGGAGUACAAGUGCCGGUACUGCUGCUCCGUGGCCGUGUUCUUCUGCUUCGGCACCACGCACUUCUGCAACGCCUGUCACGACGACUUCCAGAGGAUGACCAGCGUCCCCAAGGAGGAGCUGCCGCACUGUCCUGCAGGACCCAAAGGAAAGCAGCUGGAGGGCAGCGAGUGUCCGCUGCACGUGGUUCACCCUCCGACGGGCGAGGAGUUCGCCCUGGGCUGCGGCGUGUGCCGGAACGCCCACACCUUCUAACCCGGCGGGAGCCUUUUUACUGGGAACCAGUUUGGAUACUGUGAUGUUUCCGGCCGCCGCUGAGGCUCAGCGGACGAGCCGCCCCUCGCGCCGUGAAGUUCCCCCCCCCGGACGCCGGACCGGGUUUCCCGGGUUUCCCGGGGUUCCCGGGUUCCUGCUCUCCACCAGGGAGUCCUCAGGCCUCCCACCAUCCAUCAGCAUCCCAGGCCUCUGCUGCCGGCGCCAGCCGGAGCUUCUUAGGAUCCGGCGGGACCUGAAGGGAAAAAAGGGCAACUAAAAAAGAAAAGAAGAAGAAGAAGAAAAUAAAAAAAGAAAUUCCUUGUGACGUGUUUGCAUGCAGCCGGUGUAUCCCCUCGGCUUCUAUAGACGUUGCACCUCCCAAUCACCGAAGAGUAACAGUACAAGAUUAAAACAUUUGAAUUUGCUUAAAGGAAACUGUGGAUUUAAAAAAUAUAUAAGAAAAAUAAAAGGAACGGGCCGCGUUUUCAGCCUCCUAACUGAGAAUUUCAAAUAUUGUUGUAUGUAAACUUUUUUUUUUUUUUGUAAUCUUGUACAGUAUUCCCCGCUGUUAAAGUGCAUCGUGGGUCGACGGUCACAAGAGGACGAGUCGGUGGAUGAGACUGUUAAGAAAUAUUGCAUUUGGAAGGAAAUAGUGUAUGAUUUAUCUAAUCUUGUAUAUAAUGAUACUAUUCAAAAAAAAAAAAAACUAGCUGUAUUCCGAAGUUGCUCUCUUCACUUCAGUUUUUGUUUGAUAUUCUGGGUUUUUUUGUUUUGAGCCAGAACUUUUAAUGAAGUGCAAUACUGGGUGUGCCUCCUAUUUUGCAGCUGUUCAACCUCUGGAAUGUAUGUCAAAUAAAAGCCACUGUACAUUUUUAUACAGUAGACGGUCGUGA